GUAAUGUGAAUGUAAAUGCGAAGAGAAGAGAAGAGAAGAGAGAGAUUAGGGAGGGAGGGGGCUUUAAAUUGGUGCAGUUGGGUUGGUUGCCUAGUUGGCGAACUGCACUUAAAUAGAAAGAGAGAGAAGAAACAGAGAGAAAGGGAAUUUAAUCUCAAAGAAGAAAUUAAUCAUCCAAUCAAUCCCUUUUCAAAAUCUCUCUCUUUUUUCUCUCAAAUGACUACUGCUGGUACUGAUCAUCAGGCAUCUGAGAACAGCAAUUGUUGUGUGUGGAGAAGAAAGAAAGGAAUCAGAAAGAAAUCAAAAUCAUCAUCAUCAUUUUCAUCUUCAUCAUCUGAAGACUUGGUAAUGGAGGAAAUGAAAGCAGUCAGUCCAUUGAUGAAUGGAAUCAACAAGAAGGAAAAGAAGAAUCAUAAUAGUAGAAAGAAGAACAAAUGUUUUGAAUUAUUGGCUUAUAAAGAUUUACCAGAUUAUAUGAAGGAUAAUGAGUAUAUUUUAGAUCAUUACAGAGCUAAUUGGCCUAUCAAAGUUGCUUUCUACAGUCUGUUCCGUUGGCACAAUGAAACUCUCAACAUCUGGACGCAUCUGAUUGGAUUCUUCGUGUUUGUGGGAUUGACUGCAGCAAAUCUGAUUGAAAUUCCUGAAGUUGCUGAUCUUCUCGGCAAAUUUACCAGCUGGUCACUUCCAAUGGCAACUCCAGGUGGAAAUGCUUCUCAUGAUUCAAAAGAUUUCUAUUAUAGAACAACGGCAUCGGUGGACUUGGGGGAAAUGUCACCAUCUGAACUGCAAGUGGCCCAAUGGCCAUUCUUCGUCUUCUUAGCUGGUUCGAUGUUCUGUCUUCUCACAAGUAGUAUUUGCCAUCUCUUUUGCUGCCAUUCUCAUCGUUUGAGUCUAUUAUUACUAAGACUGGACUAUGUUGGUAUCGCCGUUAUGAUAGUCACAUCCUUUUUCCCACCAAUGUACUAUAUAUUCCAAUGUCAACCACAAUGGCAAUGGAUUUACCUUGGUGGGAUUACAACCAUGGGUGUUUUCACUAUCAUAAAUUUAUUAACCCCAGCAUUCUCAACAAGUAAAUACCGUGUUUACCGAGCUUUACUCUUCUGCGCAAUGGGAUUCUCCGGCAUCAUUCCAGCAAUUCACGCCUUGAUUUUGAACUGGAACGAACCAAGGCGCGUCGCAACAGUGACAUACGAAUCAAUCAUGGCUUUAUCUUAUGCUACCGGAACUUUGUUCUACGUUACAAGGAUUCCUGAGAGAUGGAAGCCAGGUUGGUUCGAUUUAGCUGGCCAUAGUCACCAAAUAUUCCAUGUUUUUGUGAUCAUGGGCGCCUUAUCCCAUUACUAUGCUGCACUUGUAUUUAUUGAUUGGCGUCGUGUUGUUGGCUGUCCCACGACAAACUUGUGAACUGGUCUUAGUGUUAUCAAUUCAUAGAUGGAAUUAUAAUUUGUUAGGAAUUAUUUUGUUGGUGAUUAUAUAUAUUUUUCUUAAAUGAAAAUUCUUUUUAGUACAAUGUAAUUGUUAUUAUUAGUGAUGAUGAUUAUAAUGUUUA